AUGCGGAAUGAAAAUCUCUUCACGGUAGAUCAGGGCACUCAACAAAAACGUGUUUCACUGCGUGCUGCUAAGAAACGAAAACCUGCCGACGAUGGACCUGAGCUUCUGGAUGCGAAGAGACUCCGCUUGCUGCAAAAAGGCGACUGGGCUGGCAUCAAUGUCCAGAAGUCGCUGCCUAUCCAUUUUUCAGGAGGUGGCAGCUCGGAUCGACGUCAGAUCUGGGGCUUUCGCAACAAGUACUCCAAGGGGCAAUCUUCCCCUUUCUGGGAGCAGGAUGGAAGUAGCAGGAGACCACUGCAAGGGAAAGCUAUGAGCUACUCCAGCACGCAGGGCGGAGACAGAGACGUCAGGAUCAGAAUUGGCAGUGAAGAUAUUCGAUACGGCGGCGGAAGUCAGACCACGAAAAGAAGCUCUCGGAUUCGCCCUCUCCCGACUGUCACUCAGUCGAGCAACUUACGGCGGUCGGAAUACUUUCAGCAGCCCUCGUCUCGAAACGUUGCGAAGAGCCCUGACCCUGCAGAAUCGCGCAGCACUGGAAGACUGCUAGUGUACAGGACUAAAAGUUCGAGACAGCGUCGGCAUGGCCAAAGUGCUGCGAGCCAUGGAAACACUCCGAGUUCCUCAGGACCGUCCAAAUCACCCAGCCACCCAAGUAGGCUUGAUCGUCUACAGGAAGAAGGCCGGUCGAUGUUCGUUGAAUCCUCUCCUUCGAUCAUUUAUCAUCCCGUGCCUCAAAGGUUCAGCCAGCUUGUCCUGCGUAAGAGAUCGGGAACACCAAAAUCCGAUCUCUUUGGGAGUACCGUUGGUCAAGUCGGUCUCAACCUAUUGCAAGACGUUGCGUCACGGGAAAGGAGUGAAAACGAGCGUUGGCACAGGAUGGUGGCGUCUGAUGAUGAUCAGCCAGAUACAGCGUCCGCGCAGGAUUUGGGUGGAAAUGGCACAAUUGUUGAUAUCAGUCCCGGAGUCAGCAAUAUGCUCCAUUCCAGCGGCUCAGUAGCCCGUGGGCCAAGAUUCGACCAUUCUCCGAUGAGCACGUCUACGGACCCUCCCUGCGAUAACACCGCGCGAAACAACAUGCAUACUAAUCAGUCCAAGAACUUCAGCCUCCGAUGCGAAAAUGAUGGUAAACCAAGAAAUUCUAUAGAAAAGAUCCGGCUAUCGUCAUCUCCGCUGCCGAUCUGGUCUUCUGCUUUAUCAGCUGACCUUACGAAAGACGACCUUUAUCACGACAAUGAUGAACUCCCUCGGGACAGCAUACUCGCGCGUAUAGAAGCCUGUUCAGAUGGUCGCCGUGACACGGUGACGCGGCAACUGCCGCCAAUGUUUGAGUCGGAUAGCGAGGAGGAAAUGACACACAACCAAAACGAGCGAAAUCUAAACGAGCAAAGCACAAGACCCCCAGAUACAGAGCACGAAGAUGCCGGGAAACCAAUGUUCAUACCUCAAAUUCUGGAAACAGAUGUCAAUCAUGUUGCACCGGUGCUAUACUCAGCAAAAGCAGACAUGAAUUUGGAAUGGAUGAGCUUCAUAUUCGGCGAGGAUGUUGACGAUAAUGAAGAUACUACGUUCCAAGAGGCAUGUCAGGAAGCUGCACGGGACUUGCGGCCAUCAAGCAGCUCUGCUAGCAACCACUUUCAAAGCUCUACGGUCCCCAUUUCAACUCUUGUCCCCGAAGAAUCUAUCACCUACGGAACGCUCCAUCACCAAGAUGAUGACGAUGUGAUUUCAACGCCGCCAAAGUCUCCAAAAUUUAGGAUCGGCCAGACAGACAUGGCCGUCCGCAGAGACCGCGCAGACUUUUUACCAGAAUACAGUCGCCAUGAGGACACUCACACAGAUAUCGCAGAUACUAUCAGGGCAGAAGAUUCAGACUCAAUCAUACCUCAGGCUGGAACAGAGUCUCUAGCAUCUGAUAUUGCCUCAACACCAGUCAUGGACUCUGCAUCAAUGAUUGCACAGCCAUCUGACUCUGACAUGAGCGGAAAUGCAAGUCAGCCAUUUCAAUUUGCCAAGCCGAAAACUUUUGUCGGUAGGCUAGUUAGUUCAUCAACCCGAGAUCCCGGGCCAGUCUUGCACCUGAGUAUACAUGACAAACCCAAGAAAAGGGGUAGACCCAAGGGCAAAUCGAGAAUGAAGAAGGCUAAGGAUGGACGUGCCAAUAUCCGAGGGCUGCCUGAUUAUGACGGCGACCCAAUUGAAGGAGGAUCAGAUGAAUAG